UUUGUUCCUAAGAGAAACAAUCAACUGCUGAUUUCACGUAUGUUCCCCUAAGGGAACUCCCUGGCCAUGGGAGUAGAGUAUGGUGGGCUUUUUACCAGGCAGUCCUUAGAAGUUAGGAAACCAUUUCUCCCCAGUCUUGACCUCAGGGCCACUUAACCCUUACCCAGUGAUUGCACACAAACUCCCCUCUGGCCCAGUGCUUAUCACUGUUUGCAGCCAGCAGCAGCCCAGGGGGAUGGAAACACCCACUCAGCAGUUGGCCCGGCCAGGAGGUCAGCACGUGAGCACACAGUGCUAUCUGCUUUCCAGGCCAAGGUGCACAGACAGCUGGAGUGUAAGGGGCCUUUGCCCCACUCUCCACAUCAGCCUAGAAACUAGAGUUCCCCCUCGUAGUUAAACAGGUUGCUGUGGGCGAUGCAGAGCCCUGAACUGCACUGUGCGUCCCUUCCAUCCUCCCUCCCCCCAGAAGCGCACACCCCACUUGCUCUUGAUUACAGCAUCUGAGACCACAAAGCUCUACAGAGGUCACAACUGCCCCAGGUCCUGCCUCCCUUCCCUUCUGGCUUCUGCAAACUAGCCACUAACCUGAAGGCGCCCCUAGUGUGGGGUUAGCCUGGAAACCCAAGAAAGAAGUGAAGGAAGCUCAGUACCUCUCAAGGACAGUGAACACUUGGGCUGCCUUCUUUUCUCUCCUAUCCUCCUCCUCAAGCCCAGAGUCUGCAAAACACCUGUGGGCCACUUGGCAUCAGAGCCUCCAACUUUGGGCUUUCCUGCCCCCCUUCCUGGGAAACAUUCAGGUGAGGAGAGGCCCACUGGUGUGCUUUGUUUCUUGGGCCCUUGGGGUCUUAUCCUUGGGCUGGGUUGCCCCCAGAGCAGGUCCUUACCUCUUACGUGCUCUUAUUUAAAGGGGCCACACCCACCCACCUCACUCACCCACAGCCCUGCAGUGGGGCAACAUGUGACCCGUCAUCGCCAGAGGAUGAACCCAUAGAGCAGCUUUCUGGGUCCUGGGGGGGGACAAGUGGGGCGGUUCCUACCUUGGAAAAGAAGGCAUGCCUGGAUCUGCUGCUGGGACUGAAUACAAUUUAUUCCAGUGCUAGGGGACGGGAGUGGGGGGGGACCGGGCACUCGCUCCUUAUCUGGGCCCGGUCUUGGCAGAACUUAAAAUGAAACCAUUGCGGAGAGGGAGGGGUUGAGGACCUGGGCUGGGGCCGAGGGAAGCAGCGUGCCAGCACCGUCAGCGGGCAAACCUAAGAGGAAAAGCAGGCCUGGUCUCGGCCCCAUUCCUGUUCCCCACCUGUCUCUACCCUUUUCUUCCCUUUCCCUGGCCCUGCCAGACUCUGUCUCCCUGGGCGCCCGCCUCCCCUCCCCUGGAGGGCGGGGCUUGGCGGCACCCACGUGUGUUGGAGUUAUAUGCUCCCAGCCGGCAGAGGAGCUGGGGAGAGUGGCACCCAGCUGGUGGCCCAGGCAGCGAAGCGGCACCAUGGCCGGCAAGAAAGUGUGCAUUGUAGGCUCUGGUAACUGGUCAGGAGAGACGCAGCGUCACGGGGAGGGGGUGACAAGGAAGGUGGCAGGGGCUCAGCCAUCGCCAAGAUUGUGGGUGGCAACGCAGCCCAGCUGGCACGCUUUGACCCACGGGUGACCAUGUGGGUGUUUGAGGAAGACGUCGGGGGCAGAAAGCUGACAGAGGUCAUCAACACACAGCAUGAGAAUGUCAAAUACCUGCCAGGGCACAAGUUGCCCCCCAAUGUGGUGGCUGUCCCAGAUGUGGUCCAGGCUGCAGUGGAUGCUGACAUCCUGAUCUUCGUGGUACCCCAUCAGUUCAUCGGCAAGAUCUGUGAUCAGCUCAAGGGCCACCUGAAGGCAGACACCAUUGGCAUAUCUCUUAUUAAGGGGGUAGACGAGGGCCCCAACGGGCUGAAGCUCAUCUCUGAAGUGAUUGGGGAGCGCCUUGGCAUCCCCAUGAGCGUGCUGAUGGGGGCCAACAUUGCCAGCGAGGUGGCUGAUGAGAAGUUCUGUGAGACAACCAUUGGCUGCAAGGACCUGGCCCAGGGACAGCUUCUGAAAGAGCUGAUGCAGACACCCAAUUUCCGCAUCACGGUGGUGCAAGAGGUGGACACAGUAGAGCUCUGUGGGGCCUUAAAGAAUAUAGUGGCCGUGGGGGCUGGCUUCUGUGAUGGGCUGGGCUUUGGCGACAACACCAAGGCGGCCGUGAUCCGACUGGGGCUCAUGGAGAUGAUCGCUUUCACCAAGCUCUUCUGCAGUGGCCCUGUGUCCCCUGCCACCUUCUUGGAGAGCUGCGGUGUUGCUGAUCUCAUCACUACCUGCUACGGAGGGCGGAACCGCAAGGUGGCCGAGGCCUUCGCCCGCACAGGAAAGUCCAUUGAGCAGCUGGAGAAAGAGAUGCUGAAUGGGCAGAAGCUGCAGGGGCCCCAGACAGCCCGGGAGCUACACGGCAUCCUCCAGCGCAAGGGCCUGCUGGACAAGUUCCCUCUGUUCAUGGCUGUGUACAAGGUAUGCUACGAGAACCAGCCAGUAGGUGAAUUCAUUCGCUGCCUGCAGAAUCAUCCAGAACAUCUGUGAGCAGGGCUGGGGCCCAGGCCAGGCAGCCUCUUUACCCCAGCGGAGACAGGCAGAAGCUUGGGGUGCCUGGCCACCACGAUCUCUGGGACUCCCCACACAGUAGCGUCUUCUCAGCUUUUCACUGGAGGACAGGUGCCUGUGGGCCCGGCCACCUGCCUGGAGAUCUUGAAGCACAAGCAGCCCGCAGCCUCCUGCCACCUCAUCGCACCAGAAGUGGAGUUGCCUAGUCCCUCUCCAUAUGUGGGGCUUUCUCCCUGUCCUCUGGGAGGGGUAGAAUCAGCCCCAGUGCUGCCUGCUUUGAGUAUGUGGGGGGAGGAGGGGAGGGGAGGGAGGCAAGGCAAAGAGGCCUCACACAGACCAGGACUGCUGUCCUCAAGCCCAGUUAAUGGCUAAAGAAGUACCUCAGCUGCAAGAGGGAUGAGGUGAGGGCUGCAGGGAGGGGUCUGGGCUUUUGGGCUGAUGUAGACCUCUGCCAGGCCCCACAUGGCAUCAAUGGAUCUCUGUUUGUUCGCAAAAUACAACCCCCUUCUAGCUUCUC